CGACGAGAGCGUGUCCCGUCUCCCAGCAACGAACUGGAUGCCGCGGCCUACUCCGCCCCAUGGAGCCUGGCAGGGAGCCGAAAAAGCGGCAGCGUGAGGUUAGGCGCCAGGCGGCCGAAUACUACCAGCGCCACGAAGUGCCGCAGCGGCUGGAGGAAGCGCUCAACGCCACGUACCCCCUGCGGCCCGCCGACCUCUACGGCCACCUGGCUAACUACUUCUCCAAAUACUCAAAACCUCCAGUAAUAUGCAAACUGGUUGGAAAAAGGGUCCUUGACGGAGUAGGUCGACCAACAUUAGAAGUGGAAGUAUUUUGCACCGUUAAAAACAAUGAAAAGAGGAUUUGUUCCACUGUGAUCCCUUCUCACUCUGAUAUAUUUGAAAAUGCUUUACCUGAAGCAAUUGAUGCUGAUGAGAAAGAAAGGAAUGAUUCUAUUAAAACUGCCCUAGAAUGGGUGAAUGAAUCGGUGAAUGAAAUUCUCAAAGAUAUGCAACCUACUGACCAGUGUAAAAUUGAUAAGUUACUUGGUGAAUACUUUACAAAGAAAGUAGAGGAAGAAGAAGAAAGAAAAAAAACUGAAAAGGAAGAACAAGAGACAGAAAUUUCUAUACCCACAUGUGUUUCAUCUUCACCUGCUGCAGUACAAGCUGGCAAAAAAAAGUCAUCCAAAAUAGAGAAACCAAUUCCACCUAUGGAACCUGUUGAACCACCAUUCUGUGGCAGCAUAGCCAUUGCAGGAAUAUCACUUGCUGUUGCUAAAACUGGUGCAACCGUUAACCGCACACCCUUAUACUUACACAUUGCAUGGCUGAAACAUGAUCAGGAUUUGCCUAAGGAAAUGACUCUGCCCCAACCAAUGGUCACUCUUUUAAGCUGUGGAAAAUCAUCACCUGGAAAAGUGAAAUUAAUGAAAGAAGUGAUGCUUAUACCACCAACUGGGUUAACAGUUAAACAAGGUAUAGAAAGAAUUCUUGAUAUUCAGAAAGAAAUGAUGUGGUUACUGGAGCCUGCAUGCAAAGCGUCCAGCCCUCAGCUAGCAGACAGUAAAAAAGGCAGUGCACGUAACACAGGGAAGAAAGCUCCGCCACCAGUUUUAAAAAGAAUAUCACACUUGGGCUGCCUAACAACAGGAUUUGAUACUCUAGAACAACCUCUGGUCUUAGUGCAAACAGCUUGCAGGAACAUAGGCCUGGAACUAGGAAUAGAUGUUUAUUUAGCAAUCAACUGUGCUGCUCAUGAAUUGAUGGACUAUACAAAAGGAAAAUAUGAAACACUCACUGGAACACUCAAGAGUCCUGAAGAACUAGUUGAUAUGUAUGUGGACCUGAUUAAUAAAUAUCCCUUUAUUAUUGCAUUAGUAGAUCCUCUGAGGAAAGAGGACUGCCAGCAGUGGAGUAAUAUAUGUAAUGUGCUUGGUUCCAAAUGCUACCUGAUUGCAGAAAAUGCAUCUAAAAUUAUUUCUAAACUUGUAAUAAACCAAAAUAUACAAGUACCAAAAUGCAGUGGUCUUACAGUAAAAUAUACAAACCAAACCACAAUAACAGAUCUGAUAGAACUUACAAGAAUUCUAGAUGGACAAAGACAUAUUACCAUAUUAGGAAGUCCAGAUGGAGAAUCUUCUGAUGAUAGUCUUGUAGAUCUGGCUGUUGGACUGGGCGCCAGGUUUAUCAAGUUGGGAGGUCUUUCCCGUGGAGAGAGGGUGACCAAAUACAACCGCCUUCUUGCUAUAGAGGAAGAACUGGCCAAGAAUGGAGCGCUGCGUUCAGGAGAAUAUCUUGAAUUUGUUGAUUUUGCUGAAGAAACAGAACUUGAUGCACUUCCUCCAACAGAGCAGGGCCAGAUGCUUCCCCAGCCUGCCCAGCCAUCACUGGCUGAGAGCUAGGACUCUUCUCUCACAGGACAGCACACUCCACCUGACCUGCUGGAUGCAUCAGCAUCACUUCAAUGGAUUUGGAGCCAGAGCAAUUAAUAGUCUGGUCCUGCAAAGUGCUAAGAACCCUCAGCUGCCAGUGAAGUCGAUUGGAACUGGGAGGCCACAGCACCUCAGGAGAUGGACUAAAUUUCAGGGUUUAUGUUCUGAUAUGUCAUUAGAUUGACAAGGGAAAUCCACACACUUAUACAGAGCCUUCUUGGACACUCUGUGAAGUGACAAGGUCCCUUCAUGCAGAUACAACAGUAGUAUCAGGUUUUUACAGACAACCUAUACUUAGGGCAAUAGUAAACCAGACUUGAAUCCUUGUAUUCAUAUUAAGUUUGAUCUGUUACUUUUAUCUAACAAAUUAUUUUAAAUACCUCCAAAUUCAGCUAUGACUUUCAAUUUUCAUUCCUACUCACCCAUACAGUACUGUUUUUACAGGUGUUUAGUCUAGGAAUAAUUAAGGCUGAAGUAUAUGUUGGUGCAUGCAUUUUAGGCAGGGUAAAUGUGCAACACACAACUCAUUCCAGCAAGCAAGUAGUUUCUUAUCCUGCAUAUCCCUCAAUACAGUUAAAUACUUGUGAAUACUUUGAGUGAAAUAUUUUAAAGCCACUCUAACCUGACCUCUUCAUGUACUCACUGGAGUAUUGCCUUCAAUGGGAACAGUGCUAAGCUGUUAAUGAGCAUUUUUUGAUACUUUCAUCUGCCAUCUCAAACAACAGUUUGUGAUACAAUACUGGAUGUUUUAAUAAAGGCUCAGCUUCUCUAAGCUUUGGUAUUUAAACAAAUGUCUGUUGUUAUAUAAGGUUUUACUUGUCUGUAGAGAUGUGAAGACAAACAUUUAAGAAAAACAAAAAAACAGAGGUGCUUUGUCCAACACUUUCUCAAUACUUCUCUUAUGUCUAGUCCAGAAGAAAAACAUACUUAUUCCAGCAACUGAUGGCUAGCUAUGCCACUGCAAACCCCAUGCAUAGAAUAAAGGUAGAAAUUUGCUCUAGAGGACAAAAAGCUUACCCCAGUCUGAAUUAGUGAAUAACAAAACAACUUCACAAUGUUUGGGAAACUGUCAGUAAUCUUUUUAAUAAGCAACGAUGAAAAGAUAAAUAAUUUUAUAUUGGAGCGUAACAGAAAUAGUCCAAGUAAAAGAAAUAUUUUUUUAAAAACUUCUGUUUUAGAAUAAUUUCCAGUUAACAUAUACAACAAUAAAAAUUUGAGGAAAAAUACAUUUAUAAAAUGUCAUGUUUUAAAUUCAGGAUAACACAAGUGCAAAACCAACUCUUAGAAAAAGCCACUGAAAUGCAGAUAUACAAUCAAAUGAUAGACAAAUUUCCCCUAAUUUAGGAAAUACACUUAGUUAGAUAAUUAGAUCAACCCCAAUGUUGUUUUUUUAAUCAAACAUGCACCAAGAAAAAAAGAGCAUAACAGCCAUACUCACUACUAUCAGCUUUGGAAGAGAUGCACCAGACAACUACAUGCAGAGCCACACUAACAAACUGAGCACAUUCAUCCUUAAUAGUUAAAAUACUAUCACCAUUUCAUUAAGCAAAAAACCAGAGCAUUCAAGUACAUCACCACUCAAGUUUCAGUAACACCAAUCUUUAAGGUAAAAAUCCCUGAUUAUAUUUGUGUCUUCAAUGUACUCAAGUGAAAUAUUGUGUUUGCUUUUACAAGCCUCUCUGGAAUAUGGAUUGGCAUCGAAGCAAGUAAAUUAUGUACCUGUCAAUUGAACUCCAUUGGAAAGGACUCUGAUAAAGGGUGGUACUUGUGCUCUCAUCUACCAACACAACUCAUGUCACCGCAGUACACAACAGUUUACAGGAAUUAAGUCAAAAGUUUAUUUGUUAGCGAUACUGGGCCUGAUCCUGAAAUUCUUCAUCUCGAGUACAAAUCAACAGUAGGAUUGGCAAAGAGCCCCAACCUUGUACACAUUGAUUUGCACCGUCCUUAAUCACAAGAGCUCAGUGUAAUUUAUGCAAUAUAACAGUGCCUGGAUGCUCCAAACACAUCAGGUUCCCAUUGCGCUAAGUGCUGUACAAAGAAAUAAUAAGAGCCUUUGCUCUAAAGAGCUUUCAGUGUAAAGAGGAGCAUUUGCUUGACUUUCCAAACCGCUAUGUUUAAAGAUCAUCAUCAAAACUCCUGAUACAAAACUAGCAUGCUGCACUGCCUGCUUUCACUAACUGUGUCAACUCAGUACUGGCAGAAAAAAAUAAACCCAUGUUUUGA